ACUAAUCCAGCUCUUCUAUAAAGCCUUUCUCCUCUGCUAGGGAGGGAGCAAGAGAGAGAGGAGUUUAGGAUAAAGACAGUAAAGCAAGUGAAAAAAAGUCACUGAGGGAAAUGACCGCUUGACGUUCUGUGACAUUUCUAUUUUUCCUAUUGCGUCCACCAUUAACCCAGAGCUACAGGCCUUCACUGGUCACUGCACUCUCAGGAGUCGCACUGGAAGGACAGUGUCCCCUGAUGGGGCCGGUGGAGGGGCAGUGCUGUGGGAGCUGCCCCUCUCUGCCCCCUAUCAUCAUACCCGGCAUGGGCAGCGUGGAGCUCUGCACCACCCAAGAGGAUGGAUGCCUUCCCACAGAUGGAGGGAUGGGGUACCCAGAGGCCCAGGCCAUGGAUGAAUAUCCAGCUCAGAGAAACGGGGACAGACUGUCCUUUCAGAUCUUCCCAGAUCCAGUGGAAGUAGUUUUGAGUACUGAAGGCUGUCUGACCUGCACGCCGCAGGAAAAGGAGCGCUUGCCAUCCAUCGUGGUGGAGCCGACUGACGUCAGUGAGGUGGAGAGCGGUGAGCUGCGCUGGCCCCCAGAAAACAUGGACUUCGACGAAGAUGAAGAUCUGUUCUUGGAGCAGUGCAUCCCACCUGCUAACAUCGCAGACUGGGGGGAGGAUGAGGAAGAGAGCUCGGUUAUUGAAAACCACCAGCAGAACACUUCUCUGUUAGCUCUCCACCUGACCGAGGUUAGAUGGGAACUUCCUGCAUUACGGUCUCCUCUUGAGCGGGGUUCCAGCACGGGAACCAGGGUGAAUCUUCAAACAGAUGACUUCAGGGACGACACCCCGACUCUACCUCCAGAGAGUGCUUCAACUCUGAACUGACGCCCAAUGAACCCUUCCUGGAAAUGACUUUUUUUAUUGGUCAUUACCAUUAACCCUGUACUUAUUAUUAAACCCUUCAGGAAAUGACUAGAGCAUGCUUACUGAAGACCUAUGGGACUGUGCGGUUCAGAUUGUGGUCUGACAAGAAAGCUGACACUUUCCGUAGACUAGAAAAAAAGAGAAACAGAAACUUGUGAAGAAAUUUACUGAAAUUAAAUUAUAUAUUGUAAUACAGUAGCCCAUAAAGUCAUCACAGUCUUUAAUAGGUUUUUUGAAUGCAAAAAUUAGUUUCUUUAUUUUGGGAUUUAAACCUGUCAGCAUGUUCACAUUUCCACUUAUCAUGCAAAUCUAAAAAAAAAAAAAAAAAAAAAAAAAAAAUGCUGAGAAAA